UUUAUGGACGUUUGCUGUUAGGCCGGGCGCCCGCCUUUCGGAAUCGCCCCCUUUCCUAAGCACUGCGGAAACUGCAUCGGACUCACACCAAAGCUUGGUGGUGAAGCGCUGUCAGUCCCGGGCAGAGCCCCAUGGCGAAGUGGGAGGGAAGCAAUAAAUGCUUAAGCUGCUGCGCUCCAUUGUUUGGUUCGGAAAACGAGACCUUUUUCUGAUUGAUGUGAGUGAAUUCAGAUGGAAUUCAACUUUGUUAGAGGGCUUUUUUAAAAAAAGUUGUUCCACAAGUGCAUCAGAGCAAGUUACUACUUUACUGUUGAGAGACUUACAGGUGCUUGCCUGCAUUGCAAUAAAGGACUCAUAUAUUGAGCAAGACUUAUUUAUCUCUUCAUUUUGGAGAGUCUAAUAAACUGUUAUUACAGUUUCUGUACUGACUUUCAAAGUUUUGACGUCUAAAAAGACAUCCUUACAAACAAACAUGAGCACGGCCAGAACAGAGAACCCUGUUAUAAUGGGUCUAUCCAGUCAGAAUGGGCAGCUUAGAGGCCCUGUAAAACCAAGUGCAGUCCCAGGAAGUGCGGGGACACAGACUCAGCAACAGAUGAACCAGCUGAAGAACACCAAUGCAAUCAAUAAUGGAACUCAACAGCAAGCGCAGAGUAUGACCACCGCUAUUAAACCUGGUGAUGACUGGAAGAAGACUUUAAAACUCCCUCCAAAGGAUCUGAGAAUCAAAACUUCGGAUGUGACCUCCACAAAAGGAAAUGAGUUUGAAGAUUACUGUCUGAAAAGGGAGUUGCUGAUGGGAAUUUUUGAAAUGGGCUGGGAAAAGCCAUCUCCUAUUCAGGAGGAGAGUAUUCCCAUUGCUUUGUCUGGUAGGGAUAUCUUGGCUAGAGCUAAAAAUGGAACGGGCAAGAGCGGAGCCUACCUCAUUCCCUUACUUGAACGGCUAGACUUAAAGAAGGACAAUAUACAAGCAAUGGUGAUCGUUCCCACUCGAGAACUAGCACUGCAAGUCAGUCAGAUCUGUAUCCAGGUUAGCAAACACAUGGGAGGUGCCAAAGUGAUGGCAACAACAGGAGGCACCAAUCUGCGUGAUGACAUAAUGAGGCUUGAUGAUACAGUGCAUGUGGUGAUAGCAACUCCUGGGAGAAUUCUGGAUCUCAUCAAGAAAGGAGUAGCAAAGGUUGAACAUGUCCAGAUGAUAGUACUGGAUGAGGCAGAUAAGUUGCUGUCUCAGGAUUUUGUUCAAAUAAUGGAGGACAUUAUUCUUACGCUACCUAAAAACAGGCAGAUUUUGCUCUACUCAGCCACUUUCCCUCUUAGUGUACAGAAGUUCAUGAAUUCCCAUUUGCAGAAACCCUAUGAGAUUAACCUGAUGGAGGAACUGACUUUGAAGGGAGUUACCCAAUACUAUGCCUAUGUAACUGAAAGGCAGAAAGUACACUGCCUCAAUACAUUGUUCUCCAGGCUCCAGAUUAACCAGUCAAUCAUUUUCUGCAACUCCUCACAACGGGUUGAACUGCUAGCCAAGAAGAUCUCCCAGCUGGGCUAUUCCUGCUUCUAUAUCCAUGCUAAAAUGAGGCAGGAACACCGUAAUCGUGUGUUCCACGAUUUCCGAAAUGGCUUAUGCCGGAAUCUUGUUUGCACUGAUCUGUUUACCCGAGGUAUUGAUAUCCAAGCUGUGAAUGUGGUGAUAAACUUUGAUUUUCCAAAGCUGGCAGAGACGUAUCUCCAUCGUAUUGGCAGAUCAGGUCGCUUUGGUCACCUUGGUCUGGCCAUUAAUUUGAUCACCUAUGAUGAUCGAUUCAACCUGAAAAGUAUUGAGGAGCAGUUGGGAACUGAAAUUAAACCCAUCCCAAGCAACAUUGACAAGAGCCUGUAUGUGGCAGAAUACCACACUGAACCUGUAGAUGAUGAGAAACCUUAACCAUGCUUUGAUUACAAACUCCAGAAGCUGAAGCCCUUUGAUCCAGAUCUGUGACACAUCGUUUCUUUGGGGAUACCCUUCUCUUUUUGGGUUUUUCUUCAUCUUUUCAUUUUGGAACUAUGAAGACUAAAGAGCUCAGACAUGUAUUUUUCUUUUUUAAAUUUGGCAGUAAGGAAGAAAAGAGAACAGAAGGAAUACUUUUUUUUUGUUUUUUUUCACUUGUUUGCACUGUGUGCUGAUCGAACAUUAGUUGCACUAAACUGCUGGUUUUAAAUUUUUUUUUUUCUUUGGGGGGGAGGGGGAGGAAGACAGUGGCAGCAAGGGAAGAGAAACCCUGAAAAGAGAAGAAACCUGAUGAACAGAGGCUUGUCUACAAUUUCAAAUUCUCCAACAGCCGACUGAGUGCAUUUCAACUUCUCCCUGGUUACUCAUCUGUUAAGCUAAACAGCUUGUUACUUAUUCGUGCAAAGUGCCUUAUGCUAUGAGACCAUUCUGAAUAUCACUUUUCAGAUUCAGCCCAUGGAAUCAACAGCUUUUUUCUUUCCAGGUCAAAAGUCCCCAACCUGUCUCUUGGCUUCCCCUCAACAAUAUUCAAGCCCAGGGCUGCGAGAUGAAACUAUCAGUAAUGUAACACUUUUUGUUUAACUUUUUUUAAAUUGGAGGAGUUGACAUGCAACUGCAGUUCACCCACACUGUAAAUACAUGUAUUUAACAAAACAACUAUGAAUCUGGGCUGAUUAGGUGCAACAUCGUAGCUCUAGAAAGGAAGAGCAGCCUAUCAUCUUUUGCUGGAGCCAUAUGAAAAGUUUGUAUGCUCUAGCAGAACACUAAAGACUGGUUUCCAUAAGUCUCCAUUAGUAGUUACAGCACUUGAUAUGUAGACUUAUUUCCGAGCCAUGGCCCUCUUUCUUCUGGCGCAGUGUCCCAUUGAAUUGGAUGUGUAUACUUGUACAAACUUGUAAAUACGUUUUUUCUGUUUUGGGUUCAAUAUAUAACUUUUUUUUUAAUGAAAGUUGCUGGGGUUAAAGGGAUUAGACUGAUUAUGGGAGCAGCUAAAGAUGAGAGGGGCUCAGUUUACUGCAACAGUAAACACCUGAAAAGUGCUCUGAUUUCUAUGAAGAGCAGGCCUAGACAAAUGUCUUUUGUCAGGGUGGAUUUGCUCUGGUGCUUGCAGUAUUGUCCUUGCUGCUCUUUGUGGAAGAUAUUAUUGUUCAGUUGGAAAGGCCUCAAUCCACAGCUUCACUUGUUUGGGGUACUCUUUGAUGUCCCUCUUAAUUCCAAGAACUCUGCGAGCUCUGAAGGGGGCAAAAAUCUGUGUUCCGUCUUGGUAUGAGGGAAAUCUAGCAGCUAGCAGUGUAGCUGAGCAAAACAUAGGAAGUGUGAAUUUGGAUUUAAAAGAAACCAUAGCAAACAAAGUUACGUGAAUAAACUGACAGUUCUGGAGCUCUGUUGGAUAAUGAAUCUUCUGCAGCAUUGUGCAUACUCUGCCCAAAACUACCUUUAUAUAGACUUGAGCAGAAAAAGGCAAAUCCUUUAACUUUGAAGCCGCAGAAAGCUGCAUGCCAUCUUCUGUGUUCUGGCAUGAAUUGCAGUCUGUCCUUCUGCAUUGUUCAUUGCUGCAGAAUGUUUUUAUGGUCAAGUAGUGUUGCUUUAAAUUGUGCCCCUCCCAACAUGCUUGAUGUUUGGCCUGAUCUGCAGGCAAAAGGAGUGAGACAAAUCAAAACCAGUAAACUUUUUUUAAAUUCCCUUUUAGCCUGUUCAACUAUAGUGCAUCAGGAGGCACCUGGAUGAAAGCAAAUCCCUUUUGGUCAGUUGUACUUCGCAUAUACCUAUGCUGUACUCACACAGUGCUUGCUUACCUGAAUAUGAACAUGGGAACUAAUAAUUUCUCCCCCUUUUUGACUUUAAAAAGUGAAGUUAUUUGAGUUUUUUGGGAGGUGGUAGGGAGGCAGAUUUAUCCAUCCAACUUCUUAAGGAUCAGAAAAAGCCAGGUGCCUCCUGGUGACAACUUUCAAGGUGAAAAGUGUGGGAUUUUUUUUUUUCAAUCUACAGUGACUUUAACUGUAGCAAAAGCUGCACUAAAGUACAAAUUCAAGAGCUUGGUCACAGGCGCUCUGUGAACCUCUUAGCUACAUCCAGCUGGCAGGUACCAAAUGUAAACAAGUAGUUUUGGGGUGCUUUUGGGGGAGGGAGUUUGUGGGUGGUAAAUUUUGACCAAAAGUAAAAUCUUGCUCUUGUAUUGCAGCCAGCUAUAAUUUUUUUUUUUCAGAGAGAGGGGGAUCAUUUUAGUGCAACAAGGAAAAGUGUAAAUACAAUAUCUUGUGACAGAGCAUGCACGUGCAACAAAGCAAAGAUAGCCUUGCUGAAAGUCAAAAGUGCAUGCUCUGUGUGAAUUUGUGGUGUGUUAGCCUGGUGCCAUGUUCUGAUGGUCCCUCUAAGCACAGAAAUUUUAAAUUGAAAGUAUUAGCCUCUGAAGAUUGGCACUUACCUAGACUAUCAGGGGCACCAUUUUUAGGUAGCUUUCUCGAGAGGAAGGAGGCAGUCUGAUUCUGGUGCUAAUAGGCUAUCUCUAAAAGGUAUAUGAACUUGCAAAAGGAAAGAUGCUCCAAAUAACUAGGCAAAUCCUAGUCUUUAUUUCCUCCCUCGUUACGGAAUGUGUAAAACAUGGCGUUAAGUUUCUUCUGGCUUCUUAAUUUUUACAGACUACUUGCCAACAUUUCCAUGUACUUGUUUAUUCAGAGCAAGUACCUGCUUUUAAUAAUCCCCAAAUCGAACACUUGUUGUGUGGUGAAGUUCUUAAUAGGAUAUUGAGAAUUUUACAUGCUUUACCAUAUUUUCCCCCAGAAGGCUAAAAAUUACAUUGUACGCCUUUAAAUCUGAUAUAGACCCUGUAUCUUAAACCCCACAAGUGGAAGGAGGUGGUAGUGAAGUGGGGGCACAAGUCUGUAACUAGUUAAAUUGCAACUAUCUAUCUAAACUGGCUUCUCCAAAGUGUAUUGUACAAAUGCACUACUGUAGCUGGAGGGUUUUCCAAGGGGAGGGGGGUGGGUUGGUCUUAAAUAUUUUCAUUUCCAGAAUGAGAUGGGAGCAUCUUUCCUUUGCCUUCUGCUUUGUGUCUGUUUAUAUGAAGUUGGGUGAGAACAUGAAAGCUUGACACAAAGAUCUUGCAUACAUGAUGGCAUAAAAUCAUCUCAUUCUGACUAACUUUGUUUUAGUGGUGGGAGGGGGAGGGUGUCUGCAUCAAGGAUUUAGAAAUGCUUCAGAUGGUUGUAUUCCAUCAGCGACUGACAUGCUGACGCAGAGACCAUCAUUCAGUCUGUGUUUAAAGCACUGUUCCAGUUUUGUUUGUGGUGUGUGUGGUUUUUUUUAACAAAUCACAUGAAUUUUUUGUCUGUGCCGGGAGUCCAAUUCUAUUGGUGAACUAUACAUUGCCAGCAAUGGACUUGAUGAUGCUGCCGGUGCCAAGGACCAUAUUGCUUCACAGGAACAGAGUGAACUCUGCUGUCAGGGACUAGAAUAGCAUUUCUUGCACUGCAAAAAUUUGAUAAAAUUAGUCCAAGCCAAAAAUAUUUGGAUGCCAUGACCCUUGUAAUCCAAUUUUAAACCAGUGCGCUUCUCUUUAUAAUAAAUGCAUGGUCUCUGCAGUGAAAAGUAUGCCAGAUGAAAAAGUUGGUACAUGAGGAGGAUAGCAUGCCUUAUAGCUUUGCUCUUUCCACUUUUUCUGCACAUAAAAGCAUUUCACAUUUGAAGCAUUGUUAAAGUCUUGUGUAGACAAGAUUGGGAAUGGGCGGGGGGAGGGAUAGGGUAUACUAAGAUACAGGCUUGCUGUAUUUUAACCAUUAAUUGUGGGGAAGGGGUGUCUGGAGAAAAAUAGUCACUGUUCCCUUUAUUGAAACAAACUAGAACUUAAAAGGUUUUUUGUUUGCAACUCAAGUCAGUUUAUAAUCCAUUGGUCCCCUGUCAAAAGGGCUGUGUUCCACUGAUAAGUGAACAGGGUGAUCUAUAACUUGGAACAUUCAAGGGAGGGAGGGAAAAUUGGCUUUUUGUUAAAUUGGCAAACUGUCCAGUGGAGCUGAGUUUUCCUUGGGAAUGUGUAUAUCUGUGUACAUGUGUAUGAUGGAAGGCUGCAACUCUGUGAAAAUUUUCACUUGAGUUCAGAGUACAGAAAACACAAAUGGUAAAAUCCUGAUUUUGUUGAUUAAGCUCAAUAAAAGCUCACUGGAACUCCA